AGCAGAAGAAACAGCCGGUCCGGAAGUAUUGUUGCAUUAUGCUUUCGCUGCUUUCAUUCCUCCGGGUCUCAGGUGUUAACAGCAUCAUGGAGUUGUGAACAUUUUGUCUUAUUUCCCAGUUAUUUCUACCGCUUGACCAACCUGACCGACUGGUUGUCACCACCCGGGAUACUCUUCGGUUACUUCCUGCUUGGUUUCGAGUUUGUCAGGUUUGACCGGGAUAUUGUGCAGAAAUGUCGGAGAACGGUGGUCCUGUCGUCGGCCUUCUGUCCUACGAGACGCUGGUUCAUGCGCUGGCAGGAGCAAUGGGGAGUGUGACAGCCAUGACUGUCUUCUUUCCUCUGGACGCAGCAAAAAGCAGACUACAGGUGGACGACACACGAAAGUCCAAGUCUACACCUGUGAUCCUGGCUGAGAUAGCGAAAGAAGAAGGCCUUCUGUCCCUGUACAGAGGCUGGUUUCCAGUCAUCUCCAGCCUUUGCUGCUCCAACUUUGUCUACUUCUACACCUUCAAUGCUUUAAAGAAGGUGGCAGCAUCCGGACCAGGAAAACCCAGACCCAGCAAAGACCUGCUGAUGGGGGUUGCAGCUGGAGUUGUGAACGUGAUCCUGACUACGCCCAUGUGGGUGGUCAACACCCGACUGAAGCUUCAGGGGGUGAGGUUCAGAAACGAAGACCUUAACCAAACCCAGUACCGAGGCAUCUUUGACGCUUUUUCACAGAUUAUUUCUAACGAGGGAGUGGGAAGUCUGUGGAACGGCACUCUGCCAUCUCUAAUUCUCGUUCUCAACCCGGCCGUGCAGUUCAUGAUCUAUGAAGCCAUGAAGAGGAAGACAGGAACUGGAGGAAGAAAGAUAUCCUCUGCAAAAAUCUUUCUCAUUGGAGCUGUUGCCAAGGCCAUUGCUACCACGGCAACAUACCCGCUGCAAACAGUUCAGGCCAUCCUGAGGUUCGGUCAGUACAAAGGUGAUGGACAGAGCGGCCCGAUGGGGAGCCUCUCCACAAUUUUUAUCCUGUUCAUGGAGAGGAUCAAGAAGCACGGCUUUUUUGGUCUGUACAAAGGUUUGGAGGCCAAGCUGCUGCAGACGGUGCUGACGGCCGCCCUCAUGUUUGUGGUUUAUGAGAAGAUCACUGCUGCUACCUUCAAGGUCAUGGGUCUGAAGAAGCUGAAGCACUGAAGGCAAAAACAGCCUCAGGACAGCAGGUUUAAUCAGUGCCUACUGCUACUGAUCAACAUUAACAGUUCCCCUGCAAAUGCACUGAAGCACAGCCUGAAGAGUGGACCGCUUCCAUGUUUACUGACCAGAGGAAAAUUUAAAACUUUGAAAUAAUCAAUAACUUUAGCCACUUCCAUCCAUCCACCUGUGUCUUUUUUUUUCUGUCAGCUUUCAAAAAUAAAAUAGAAAGCCCCUUUAAUGUUCCUCAGUGGGGAAAUGUUCUAACGACUGUGCCGACAUGGCACCAAUCAGACGCCGAUGUCGGAGAAGUUUUAUUUGUCCUGAAGAGCAAAAGAUAAACGUAGCACAUCCCAAAAUAUGUCCUAAAAGUGAGAAACUGAGGGAUGAGGUGGGUGAAAUGUUUUAUUUCUGAUUAUAAACAGAAGUGCUUUCUAGCUUUAAAGGGGUCGGUUUUAAUGUCCUUCCAUGCAGUUUUUAUUAUUUGCUGCAUAUUUAGUUAGGAGGAAAUCGGUGAUAUUAAAUAAUCCGAAACAUGAUUUAGACUAAGAGGACCUGGCCUUAUGAUCUUAAGAGCAUUCCUCUUGUUUUUAUGCUUUAUUAUUAUGAUUAUGACCCAUUAGGAGUCAGAAACCUGACAAGGUAGACAGAGAUGUUUAUUGUGUAUUAUUACAGGAAGUGCCUGAAGAUUAACAGCUUGAAAAACAUUUACGUUGAAGUCAUUAAAUGUGAGUUUUGUGUUCUUGUAAUUGUACCGAACAUUUUACAUGUUUUCACUCAGCUGUCUUUCAGUUUGGUGCUGGAUUGAUCACUUUCUGAUUUCUGGAGCUUUUUCUGCCUUUUACCUUUUAUAAUCCACCAGAUUAGCUCAUUUAGCUGCUGUUUCUAUUAGGUUUGAAUUAUAACCAGUCAUAAACUGUUUAUGCAGCAGAAGUUGUAAAAACUGGAACAUUUCAGUUUUCAUACACUUUUGUUAAGAUUUACAAGAACAGAAAAUCAGAAGUCAGUUGCACUUGUAUUUAUUUCAAGUUUUUAAUGUUUGCAUAAAAAAAUCUGUUUCUUUAAAGAGCAAGUCAACCCCUGCCAGAUUCUUACUCAACUCCCUCUUCAUGUUUGAAAAAUGCCACGAAUGCUGUUGCCUUGCAGACCGAGAGGGCGGAGCCGCAAACCAAUACACACACACACACAGGCUCACAACGACAUUGUGACAUCAUAAGGACCAGUUUACAUCAUAGCAUACCUCUUAGCCAAUAGCAGUGGCAGAUUUAAAUUCAAAUGCAGUGCAGAGUUUUUACCUGACAACGGCACAACACUGACAGUUUUAGGCAGAAUAUUUAAAUUUUAACUAAGAGGCACUGAAGUACCAAAUUAUUGACGACACGUGUCUGCGGCACGAUUAGACACACAAUUAUGUAGUUUAUCAGCAAAAAAAAAAGUUGAUUUGGGGGCGACUUGCUCUUUAAUGGUUACUUGACAUUUUUAUACAUAAUUGUUUUAAAUAUCUUUGUUUUGUUUGUUUUUUUAUUAACCAAAUGUUUUCUGGGAAUUAAUUUAUUGUUUUAACAAGGGAAAAUAAAAUCUGAGUAUUAAUAUUAAA